UAAAAGCACCAUCAGCGUCCCAUUUUUCCCGCGGAACUAGAAUGCAGCAGUAGGCCGACACAGGGGACAGGACAACAUGGCUGCUGCUGCGGGCCGAUACUACGGAGAAGGUGGCAGAGCAACGAAAAGACAGAAAACUGAAGACGGAGGAAUGACAACGGAGAGCUACGAUGAUCCUCAUAAACCGCUGCCCUCCCCGGUGGUGCAUAUCAGGGGCUUGGUGGACGGUAUCAUGGAGGCUGACCUGGUGGAGGCCCUGCAGGAGUUUGGGGCGAUCAGUUAUGUGGUUAUGAUGCCCAAGAAACGCCAGGCACUGGUGGAGUACGAGGACAUGAAUGGCUCCUGUAAUGCUGUUACAUAUGCAGCAGAGAAUCAGGUUUACAUUGCAGGCCACCCUGCCUUCAUCAAUUACUCCACUAGUCAAAAGAUCUCCCGGCCAGGAGACUCAGAUGACACCCGGAGCGUCAACAAUGUGCUGCUGCUCACAAUCAUAAACCCCAUCUAUCCAAUCACCACGGAUGUGCUCUACACAAUUUGUAACAACUGUGGCCCUGUGCAGAGGAUUGUAAUCUUCAGAAAGAACGGUGUCCAGGCCAUGGUCGAGUUUGAUUCAGUCCAAAGUGCUCAGAGGGCAAAAGCUUCUCUGAACGGAGCAGACAUCUAUUCGGGCUGCUGCACUCUAAAGAUCGAAUAUGCCAAGCCUGCGCGCCUUAAUGUCUUCAAGAACGACCAGGACACAUGGGACUACACAAACCCUAACCUGAGUGGCCAAGAUGCUGAUGGUGAAGGCAAUUGGAACAAUUCACAAGAUCCCAAUGCCAAUCCCAACAAACGCCAGAGGCAGCCGGCUCUUCUGGGAGACCACCCCCCUGAUUAUGGUGGCCCGCAAGGAGGUUAUCAUGGCUACAAUGAUGACAGCUACGGCCCCCCUCCUCCCCAUCGCAUGGGGCCGGGUAUGGGUGGCCGUGGCCGUGGUAGCCAACGUUAUGGUCCUGGAUAUGGACCACCACCACCUGAGUAUGGUCCUCAUGCCGACUCCCCAGUUCUAAUGGUGUAUGGCCUGGAACCCUUGAAGAUCAAUGCUGAUAAGGUUUUCAACAUCUUUUGCCUCUACGGCAACGUGGAGAGGGUCAAGUUUAUGAAGAGUAAGCCUGGAGCAGCAAUGGUAGAAAUGGGGGACUGCUACUCUGUGGACAGGGCCAUCACUCACCUCAACAACAACUUCCUUUUCGGACAGAAACUCAAUGUUUGUGUGUCGAAGCAGCAGGCUAUUGUGCCAGGGCAAUGCUACCAGUUAGAGGACAACACUAGCAGCUUCAAAGAUUUCCACGGGUCCCGCAACAACCGCUUCACCUCCCCGGAGCAGGCGGCUAAAAACCGAAUCCAGCACCCCAGCAACGUCCUACACUUCUUUAACGCACAGCCCGAUAUUUCUGCAGAGAUCUUCAACCAGGUCUGUGAAGAACUCGGAAUUAAGAGCCCCACAAGUGUGAAGCUUUUCACUGGAAAGAGUGAGCGGAGUUCAUCUGGUCUGCUUGAGUGGGAAUCCAUAAAUGAUGCCAUGGAAGCUCUGGCUUUGAUGAACCAUUAUCAGAUGAAAAACCCUAGUGGGCCUUACCCUUACACACUGAAGCUGUGUUUCUCAACCACACACCAUGCCAACUAAAUACUCUCCUCAGAAUAUUUGUAACGUUUUGUGUCUUUGCAUUGAGUAUACUGCAGUUCUGUUGUCACGCACCAUUAAAACAGUAUUGACAAAAACUAAGAUUAAUGUGCUUUAGAAAAUGUUACUUAAAUUAUACUUUUUUUAAUGAUUUAUUUUAAUUUUACAAACUUUUUCAAUCAGUUGUUUGUUUUGUAUGUUCACAACACUAGAUCUGAACACCACCCCCAAGUUUUUGGUUUCUAAAUAAAGUGAACGCUAACUAUAAUGUGAGUACUGCUUUAACCUGUGUUCACAUCAUCAGAGAUGUUUUGUAUCAUCAUUUCUUCAGGUCCAUUCAUAGAAAUAAAGAUACAAUGGUUUGCCAGCUUUUACCAAGAGAAGCAGCUGUAGUUUUGUGCUCCUGCAGAAGUGGUGAAGGAACUGCUGAUCAGCGUUAUUGGAUAGCAGAAGUGAAAAUGUCCUCUUUAGGCAGCAUUCAGUCUUUAUCAACAUCAAGUUGUUAAUUCUUUUUGGUAAACAGUGCUGUGAAUAUUACUUUUGCUGGAAGUUAAUUAGUGAAGCAUUAAAUGUGCUAAUUACCUUUACUUUUUUUUUUUUCAAAUGUUAGAACAUCUAUUUACAAGCCCUACAUUAAUUAAAGCACAUUUUAAAAAAUGGAAACAUUUCUUCUGUACCUUUUAAAUUAUGCAAUCACCUUAAAGUUUUUUUUCGAUGUUCUUGAGUUAUUCACAGCACUUUUAAAUAUAUCAGUAGAUAGAGAUACCUUUAUUUUUAACCAGACCACACUAUCUUUAGAGUAUACAGACAUUUGUAGUAUUUUACAACAUUAUUUCUCCCAAAGUAGUAACUUUCUAGAGAAAAAGAUUUUGUUGCACACAGAAGGGACACAUUUUUAAAGAAUGUUUUGUUAAAGAUCUCAAAGAAUCUAGAAUUUUUAGAAAAUAAUUUAGAGAAAAUAUUUUUUUCCCUUGUCAGUAUGGGAUUUUUUUAUAUGCUGAAACCUCCCCGAGUAUAAUUAAAAGCCAACACCAUGGCUGAGUAUUUCCACAUUUAGCCUGCAGUGCACUGAUGUCGGUCUCAAAAACAGACCUCAGGGUUCCAGAGAUCAUAUACCUAAAGAACCAGUCCUGUCAGUGGAAACUGCUUAAGGGGUAUUAGAACUGGUUUCUGGUCAGUGUUCAUGACUCAACAAUAAGGAAAAGACUGGGCAAAAAUGGCAUCCAUGGACAAAAACCACUGCUGACCAAAAAGAACAUAAAGGCUCGUUUUACUUGUGCAAUCAUCUGAAUGAUCCCCAAGACUUUGAAGGGAAUAUUCUAUGGACUGACCUUUUUGGAAAUUGUGUGUCUCGUUACAUCUGAAGUAGAAAGUCACAGCAUUUCAGAAAAAGAACAUCAUGCCAACAGUCAAACAUGGUGGCGGUAGUGUGAUGGUCUGGGGCUGCUUCAGAACCAUGAAUUCUGUUCUCCACCAGAAAAUCCUGAAGGAGAAUAUGUGACCUCAAGCUGAAGCGCACUUGGGUUCUGCAGCAGGACAACGAUCCAAAACACACCAGCAAGUCGACUUCUGAAUGGCUUAAAACAGCCGUAUUCAACUAAAAUUCAAAGAGAUCCAGUCAGAGAAAAUGUAUUAAAGCAAAGGUCCGGAACAUCAUAAAGUCUGCCUUCAAUUAGUGCGAUAUAUGAUGAUGUGACCUAGAAGUUUUAUCAGCGUGUGCAUGUAAUCAAUAACUGACCAUCAAAUCAAAUAAAUUCAGUACGGUUCAAAAACAUUUUGACAACAUUUAUUAACAAAUAACUUUUGAUGUAACUGUACAUCUUAAAAUUAAGUGCAGAACUUGAAAAAAUAAUGACUAAACAACCCAAACCAGCUUGUAUACAUCUUUAACAAUACCCAAAUCUCAAAAAAUGUAAACAAUUGCACACUUUUACAUUUUUUUUCCUGUCUUGUCACUCCCCUUAUAUCCCUGCUGCUUAAUGGGAGAACUGAACUGCAGUUUGCCCUGCCAGUAUUUUUUGAAUUGUGUAUUUUGAAUUGUGGUCUGAAUGGUGUCAGGGUUGUUCUCAAACACAUUUGGAGCUCAUUGGUCAGUCUGGAACCAUAUUCAGGUUUGAUUAUGUUCAUAGUUGAGAAAGGUGCCUCCAGCUGUAUGUUGAGCCAAACAUGGUGAGCAUGUGCAGGACUAUUUCCCUCUCAGUGUCGCUUUAUUCAUUUUCCUUUUUUGUCUGUCCUUCACCUCUCACCUGUUUUCUGAACGUGGAGCUGUGAUGUUUAGCAGCUGCAAUGCAGAGACUUCUCUCCUCUGUUGUUGACACUGUUCUUGUGAAAUUAGCGGCAGUGAUAUCUGAUUUGCAUAAACAGACCAGUGCAAAACCGGUGGAUUGUGUUUAGGCUAAAUCUGAAGAAAUUUUGAAUUAUAGCAAAAAUCAUUCUUUAAUGUUUGAUGGCAUUCCAGUAUAUACAAGUUGUAAAAUUUGAGAUUGUGGUAUGACGUUUUGUAGAGAAGCAGUCUGUAUUACUGAUGAAAUUACGCAAAUGCUGCCUGAAAUAUAUUCAGAAUGGAAUGUAAAAUAAUUGUAGAUGGUGUAAAAACAAACUAAAGAACUUUUUUCAAAUAAACUUUUGAAUUGACA